GUGUUAUUAAAAUGAUUCAUUCAUUCAAAUAAUUUCCCUAAACUUGUAAGAAAAUCUACUGUUCGAUCGACUCCAUUAUGGAUAUCGACUUUACAUCUUCAAUUUUACUUCUUUCGUUCAUCAUAUUGCUAGCAAAAAUCAUCAAAGUAGCCAGGCAAUCCUCCGGCGUUUCGAAUCUUCCGCCGGGGCCAAGAAAGCUUCCGGUGAUCGGAAACUUGCACCAGCUCGUCGCCGGUUUUCAGCUCCCUCAUCAAACUUUGAGCGACUUGGCGAGAAAAUACGGUCCGAUGAUGCACUUGCAGCUUGGCGAAGUGAUCACGGUUGUAAUAUCCUCGCCGGAUGCGGCGCAAGAAAUCAUGAAGACACAUGACGUCGCCUUCGCCAAUAGGCCGUCGCUCCUAGCCCCGGAAAUUUUGUUUUACAAGAAUACGGAUAUAGUGUUCUCGCCAUACAGCGAAUACUGGAGACAGCUGCGCAAAAUUUGCACGAUCGAACUGCUGAGCGCAAAGCGUGUCCAAUCAUACAAGACUUUACGAGAAGGAGAAGUUUCGAAACUCUGCCAAUGGAUAGCUUCUAAAGAAGGGUCCGUGAUCGAGUUGUCGGAAAAGGUUAGCUUAAAUACGUGCGACAUUGUAAUGCAAGCAUCGCUUGGGUACAAUACGACGGAGCUAGCUGAAUUCACGUUGAUAGUUGAAGAAACAGUUGAACUCAUGGCAGGAAUGACGUUGGGGGAUUUCUUUCCUUCGAUAAAAUUGAUCGGUCUAAUAACGGGGAUCAAACGCAGGGCAGAGAGGCUGCAUAAACAUUCCGACAGGAUACUUGGAAACAUUAUCGACGAGUGUAAAGCUACGAAAGAUGAACCGAAGCUACGGGAAAACUUGGUUGAUGUUCUCGUCAAGUUGAACGACGAAGGACACGAGCUUCACUUGACUAUUGAGAACAUAAAAUCUGUCCUGCGGGAUAUGUUCACUGCUGGAAUUGAAACAUCGUCGACUACUGUAAAUUGGGCCAUGACGGAGAUGCUAAAACACCCGAAAAUCCUCAAGAACGCGCAAAAUGAGUUGCGAAUGGUCUUCAAGGACAAGGGACAUGUGGACGAGGCUGAUUUUGACAAGCUAAAGUACCUGAAGCUCGUCAUCAAAGAGACUCUCCGGCUACAUCCUCCGGCGCCAUUACUUGCUCCUAGAGAAAACUCGGAGCAAUGUAAGAUCCACGGAUAUAAUAUACCGGCAAAGACAAGGGUAAUGGUGAACGUCUGGUCCAUGGGAAGAGAUCCGAAAUACUGGGAUGAUGCCGAGAGCUUUGUGCCGGAGCGAUUUCUUGAUAAUCCAGUUGAUUUCAAGGGAAGCAAUUUCGAAUACCUUCCCUUUGGCGCCGGAAGAAGGAUUUGCCCCGGAAUGUCGUUUGGCCUCGCGAAUGUCGAGCUCCCAUUGGCGAUGUUUCUCUAUCACUUCGAUUGGCUGUUGCCUGAUGGAAUGAAACCUGAAGAUUUGGCCAUGGAGGAAACCUUUGGCAUUACAACAAAAAGGAAAGAUCCACUCCAUGUCAUUCCAAAACUUAUGAAUCCUUGUCCCGUAAGGGAUGGCCUGGUGGUGUAGGGGUUACACGUGUGACCGUGAAGUUAUGGGUUCAAACCCUAGAUGCCUCAGGUCACCUGCCACACAUAGUUCGGGCCUAGUUUGCAGGGUAUUAGGUCCGGCCGGGGUUUACUCAGUGCCCACUAGUUCUAGAUGAAGAUGAAGACUUUGAGAAUGUUAGAAUUGACUAUUUGAUGUUUUAAAUUCUUAUAUUUGCAUUGUUUUUAGAUUUAUUUUUUUUU